AUGGGACAACCCGUAUCCACAUUGGUUCUUUGGGGCCGCCAUAUUCACAUGGCAGAAGCUCAUUGGUAUGGUGGGUCAACGACAGCAUAUGCCUGUUGGUACCAUCUUCCCUUGACAAAGUUUCUUUUUUAUCGGGAAGAAGGAAAAGUCUUGCGAUAUCAUAACAAAGUUGCAGAUCUUGAAUAUCAAUUGCUACAACAGACAGAAAUCAAACAUCAGAGUGAAAAGCAGAUUACCAUGAUGAACAUCUCCUUCAGCAGUAGCGCUAGUUGCUUCGACUAUGCUUUAGAUUAUCUGGGCUGGCUUGAAGAGAAUUUUUUGAGAGAGGUGAGCUGGCUGUUGCAUUCUGAGAUCCUGAAGCUGAAGGUGGGGAUACGUCUAUUGAAAACCUUGGAUAUGUAUAUUAGAAAGUGUAGGAGGAGGAGUAACCAGGGUACGUGUUUGGGAUAUGAUAAGGAGAACAGGGAUGAUGCUAAGUCUGACAGUUUGAGACUUAGCAGUAUUUCAUACAGGAUUCAAGAUCUAGUUAUGGUGAUACCGCUGGGACUUCACUCUGCUAUUGUUAGAUACAAUCAAUCUGGUGCUUCAGAUCUUAGUGUCAUCGAUUCUGAGCUCGCUAAAAUUGCGGAAAAUAUGAGGUGUUUUUCUGAAAUAGAUAUUGAGGAAUUCAACAUCACCAGUUUGUUGCUCUACUACUCACUGGGAGAUUCACAACUAGUUGUGGAUUUCAUUGAUUCCAUUUCAGAGAAUCUGAGGUAUCUUUGCUACGAAGAAGAUGAAGUUGAUGAAACUCAGAGAAUUGUACUGAAAAUUCUUGAAGAGAAGCUAAUGUUCGUCAAGAGUUUCAUUCGUUUUGCGACACUUCGAGGUGUUGGGGUUCAGGAAUCAAAAGAUCUGUUGGUCCACGUUGAAGAUGUGGCUGUCAAUGCUGCAAGCCUGAUGUGUAGAUAUUGGUUUCAGAUAAAUAAUGAACAAGUGCACAAUGAGAUGAAACCUGAAGUUUCUGAACUGAUACACAAGAAGAUUGAUCCGGUUGACCCCCAGGUCCGAGAAAUUUAUAUCAAUGUCUUGACAGCUUCCAAGUUAUCAAGAUCGUCCUACACUUUCGCUAUGAAGGAGAAUAAGCAUCUUGUGGCUGAAUUUAUUGAUCAUCUCCUGCACAAUCUUAUGGAGCUAUUAGAAUCUUAUUCAAGUUUCCUAGUUCCAGUGAAGGAUCAAAUGUUAAAACUCCACCAGGGACUAAGAUUCCUGAUUAUCUUUCUUAGCGGGCAGCAGGAGAAGUUCGAUGAGCUAAAUGAUGAGAUGAAGGAUCUAAUUGGAGUUGUGGUCUCUGAUGCAGGUAUUGCGAUUUUCUCCCUUUCUGUGAACGAAAUGAAAGAAGGCUUGCACAUGGAAACAGAUCUGGCACUUUCUCAUUUGCUCGAAGUGCUCAAGUUGAUCAUUGCUGAAGUUGGACACAUUUAUUCAGCACCAUCAUCAUCAUCACUUACUUUCCCUAGGACUAAUGAACUCGGCUCUCUUGAUUCUCUUCUAGAAACUCUCAAGGAACUAGCAAGCUCUACAGCUGCUUCAAUUGCUUUCCCAAACGAUCAAAUACGCACCAUCCUAGAAGAUCUUGUCUUCUUAAGAUCUUUUCUAGGAAAUGUUGUAGAGCAGCGCAAACGAAAUGAAAAACUCCAAGCUCUUUGGAGUCGUGUCAUGAAGGUUGCUUACAGUGUAGAACUAGAAGUUGACUUUGCACUGGCUGGUGAUCAACAUGAACAUUGUUUGGAUGCUAUUGCUAGAGAUAUCAAGCUUGUGAAGAUAGAGGCUGAAGAGAUCUAUGAUAGCAUAAGAUAUGAUGUUGAAACCCAGAGGCUAACCAAGAUUACCAUUCACAUGCCGGCACAAGUUACUGCUCCAACGUUUAAUGAAGCUCUGGUAGGUCUCGAUGAUGAGGUAGAAAGUAUAAUUGAUAGACUUACGAGAGGAUCAAGCCAGUUGGAUGUUGUUGCCAUCGUAGGUAUGCCUGGGCUUGGUAAGACAACUUUAGCCAAUAAUGUGUAUGGUGAUACUUCAAUAAAGUUCCACUUCCAAAUUCUUGCUUGGUGUACUGUUUCUCAAGUAUAUAGCAAGCACAAUUUGUUACUGCAGAUUUUGAGUGUUAUUGAUUCUAACAGUUCUGACCAAUGCCAUGAGAUGAAUGAAGAUGAUUUGGCUCAAACGUUGUAUCAGCGUUUGAAAAGGAAGAGGUAUGUCAUUGUUUUGGAUGAUGUUUGGGAUAUUGAAGGGUGGAAUUUGUUGAAACACUCAUUCCCAGAUGACUGCAAUGGAAGCAGGAUACUCUUAACCAGCAGAUUUCAGAAUUUAUCAUUGCAAAUUAAACCUGAUAGCCAGCCCCACCAUCUUCGCCCACUUACCGAUAAGGAGAGUUUUGAAUUGCUGCAGAAGAAGCUAUUUGCCAAAGAAGAUUAUUGUCCUCCAGCAUUAAGGGAAGUUGUACAGCACGUAGCAAAAGACUGCAAGGGCCUACCUCUCACCAUUGUCCUCGUUGCUGGAAUUCUCGCUACUACUGAGCAAGAUUGCUGGGAAGAAGUUGCAAGACGUCUAAGGUCUAGCAUUUUUGCUGACGAUGAGCACUGCAUGAAGACAAUUGAGCACAGUUACAAUUAUUUACCAGAUUAUUUGAAGCCAUGCCUUCUUUAUUUUGGUGCAUCUCAAGAAGAUAAAGACAUUCCUGUCAGAAAGUUGUUAUGGCUUUGGAUGGCUGAAGGAUUCGUGCAAAAAACUGAAGGAAAGAGUUUAGAGGACGUGGCGGAUGACUAUUUGAUGGAUUUGAUUGGGAGAAGUCUAGUUAUGGCUACCAAACAAAGAUCUUUAGGUGGGAUCAAAGUUUGCCGAGUUCAUGAUUUGGUACGUGAGUUUUGUGUGGCAAAAGCAAGAGAAGAAAGUUUUCUACAAAUUUCACAUGGGGAUGAUCAUCUUACUUUUAUUGGACAGUGUAACCCCCACCGACUAGCUAUUUACCCUACUACGAGUCAGGGACUCAAAAAGUCAAUGCUAUUUUUCCCCAAUUUGCGUUCUUUGCUCUUCUUUGAUGUUUAUGAGGAAGCGGAACUGGGUGAAAUUUGGUUCAAACUUCUAUCAUCUAAACUUAUUAGAGUGUUGGAUUUGGGUUACAAUUUGGCUUUUUUUUCAGAGGAAGUAGUAGUAUUCUUUGUUCACUUGAGGUACUUGAACAUUAGAUUGGACAGUAAAGCUGGUAUCCCAUCUGCAAUAGCCAAGCUCUCGAGAUUAGAAACAUUUGUCAUAAUAAAACCCCGUGGAGGGUGCAUUUUGUUACCAAACACUAUCUGGACCAUUAAAACAUUGAGGCAUCUUGUCGUAUCUGGACCCUUUGAAGCUGGUUUCCAAUUUCGCAUUGACAAUCUUGAAGGCUCACCAGAUUUAGAACAUUUAGACACUUUAACCCUUGCAAUUACUUCCUCUCCUCAAAGCUUGCAAAAGAUACUGACAAAGUUUCCGAGCAUCUGCAGGCUAAAAUGCGUGCAUGUCCAUGACAGAGUACAUGAUGGGAUUCUCGUGCUGGACCACUUAAGUCGAUUAGAAUCACUUAAGAUGAGCAGUUUUAAAGGAUAUGAGUUUGAAUUCCCAUUGAAUUUGAGAAAGUUGACUCUCUCAAAUAAUCGUCAGCCAUGGAGUAAAAUUUCAGCAAUUGGAAAGCUGCCCAACCUUGAAGUCCUUAAAUUAGGCUGUGAUUCCUUUGUGGGGGAAAAGUGGGAAAUGCAAGAAGGGGAGUUCCAAAACCUCCGAUUCUUGAAAUUGUCACAGUUGGACUUUCGCUGGUGGACCGCCUCUUCUGAUAAUUUUUGCUGUCUUGAGAAAUUGGUUUUGACUAUGUGUGAAUGGCUGGAAGAUGUCCCUUCUUGUUUAGGGGAAGCCCUCACUCUUGACAUGAUUGAGGUAAUAUGGUGUCCUGAGUCUGCAGUAAAUUCUGUGAAGCAAAUUCAGCAAGAACAGAUGGAUAUGGGAAAUAAGGAUCUAAAGAUUGUUGAUGCUGCACGGAAUUGGUGAUGGUCCACGUUUUCUUCUAAGUGCCAACUCAGAAAGAGAGUCGAUCUCCUCUCAUCACAUUUUGCAAAAGCAGAGUGUGGUUCCACUUAUUAGAUUUGUGUGAUCCUUUCAACCAGCUGAGCACAAGCAUGCAUGCCAGGUCCUCCAAGAAAGAACAUCUGACUUUCAAACAGAUAUUGGAACUGUACUGCAAAGUUUUUGGCUGUUAAUUGUCAGGGUACUACACAGGAGGACAACCAAAAUAAAACCACAGACUGCUGGAGCACGCAUGGAUGGCUUGAUAGCCUUCUUGCAUUACUGGCCUGGAACGGAUCCCUCAACUAGGGAAGUAUUUCUGAUGCUGGCAAGGUUCUUGAAUAGAAUAUUUCAACUGGAUGGAUCAGUCACUCGCCGGAGGCUUCAUCAGCUAUUGAAACUUCAUGCUCUCCCUGAUUGAUCUUGUUCUUGACAGAUAGUCUCUUCCUUCCAGCAUCGUAGCUCACUAGCUUGCUCAUCAUCUUAUAAGUUGUGUUUAAAACCUUUUCUUUUGCACCAUUCACAAGUAGCCAUUCCUCUUCGCCGGUGAAGCCUUCUACAAUCAGAUUUGGAAGGGGAUCAAGUGUUGCUGGUAGCUCAGACUCCGAAAGAGCAGCAAUACGAAUUCCAUUUGCUCUUAAUCAAAUGAAAAUGACUAUUGUAAUCAAGUGUAAAAUGUUUAGACUGCAUUGUUUUGCUCUAAAGGAAAAAAAUCAUGCACCAAAUUGAAUUGGAUAGUAUAUUUUUCUCUCAGUAAUUAACUUGCAAUACGUGAUGAAGAUCUGAGUAGGAUAAGAAGGAUAAAAUUUUAGAUUUUUUGUUUGUAUUAAAUAUGUUC